UGCCGUCUUGUCUUGGGUCGCUGUAAGUCUCCCAAAGCUGUUAGUCAGAUUACUCGGGAAGGAAUUGAAGACUUCGCUUUAAAAAAAAAGAAAUAAUAGUUUGUUUUUAAUUUAACGCUCCUCCGCUCGACUAUGUCCCUUCACACCCGUGCUGCGUUUGAGGACCUGAGACCACUGUCCGCCAUCGGCAAAGCAGUCGGCACCAGACGCUGCACAGGCUCUUUGCUGCAAUGCUAGUUUAUUUUAAGAGCGAACUACUCUGCUUCUCACAAUAAGCCUCGCUAAGCUGCUGAGGAAGUCGCUUAUAGAACUACUGAUUGCCGAGCGUGAGUGUUUUAGAUGCGACUGGACCAUGGAGACACACACCGAUGUGCUUCUUGUCACCGCCAACGUCGGCUCUCUCUUCGACAACGUGGGCGAAAUUCAAAAUGAAUGGCUUCAGGAGCUAUACAAGACCAUCCACAGCUACCAGCCACAGUUCAUCGCCCUGCACUUUCAGGAGGUGGGAGGGAAAGACUACGUUGUCAACAUGGGGCAUGCAGAAAAAUUCUUUUGGAGUAUUGAGUCCAGUCAAGAACUGAAAGACUAUGAUAGGCGCUGUAUCUACGUGGACAACCAGUUCCAAGCAGAAGAGAGCUUCACGGCACUGGGCAGCAUGUACUUCAUCCACAAGACAUUGAAGAACAUCUGCCAGUAUGACUUCAGCGUUAAGGAUUUUAAAGCAGUGUCGGGACUGAACAAGCACGUGGGCUCUCUGGACGGGGUCACCAGCGUGGAAAAAGAAAAAUUUCCAAAGAAUUUCUGGGCUGAUUUCAAGUGGUCCAGGAAGGGCUUCAUGAGGACCCGCUGGAUCAUCCACAAGCGAGGGUUGGACCUGGUCAACGUCCACCUGUUUCACGAUGCCUCCAACCUCAUUGCCUGCAACUCCAGUCCUUCAAUUUACUCCGCAAACCGCAAAAAUGCACUGCGAUAUGUCAUCAACAGGAUAUCCGACAACUGCCACACUCCGAUGCCUUUCUUCCUGUUUGGAGAUUUUAACUUCCGUUUGGACACGCAGAGUCUGGUCCAGUAUCUGUCUACCUCAGCAGAUGUCCAGACGGUGAAGAAGGACAGCACGAAUGAAGUGCAAAAAAUCAUAUGCGAGGAGAAAGCUGACCGCCAGGUGCUUCUGCUAAUCGAGGAUAAGCUCUUCACCUACCUGCACCAGGCCUUGUUCCGAGAAGACAAUGGCAAAGCGCUGCUGAAAUAUGACAAAGAAGUCACCGCCUUUCACGAUGUUGUUAGAGAAGAGGGAAUCCAGUUUCCACCCAGCUACCCCUAUAGUGAAGAGUACACUAAGCCAACCCAGUACAUGAACACUCGCUGUCCUGCAUGGUGUGAUCGCAUCCUGAUGUCGCACACUGCAGAACAAUUCAUCCAUUGUGGCGCUGACGGUGAGAGGCGUGUUACAUACGACACACUGGGUCCUAAUGUCUGCAUGGGAGACCAUAAGCCUGUUUUCUUGUUCUUUGCACUGAAGACAAACGAACAUUGACUGGGCGUCUUCUCCACGGUGAACCAGUACGUGCAACCACAACGGCCUCGGAAAACUGGCGCAGCAUCAAAGGGAAAACAAAACAAACUGUCUGAAAAAAUCUCAAGUGACUUGAAAGUUCUGAUGUCCUCUGAAUGGAAGUUACAAACCUUCUCUGUCAUUUCCUACAAACUAAUCUUUCACUUUUUAAUAGAAACUUUUUUAUUUGAUUUUUAUGUAUCAUCAAGGGAUGUUUGUUCCCUAUAGACACCAAUGAAUCCACUUUCAGCUGUAAAUGUUUGUUAUUAUAGCCUGGCGACUUUCUUUCUGUGUCUUGCCAACUUAUUUAACACGUGUUUUACUAACUUGUUUCUGUGGGUGUGAUUUUGUUGACAUUUUGUACCAUUUGUAGUCAUUUAAAAUAACUUUUACGAGAUUCUUUCCACACAACAUUAAUUUGACAAUAGGUUUUCUACAAAAGAUGGGGAGCACAGAUGAAUUGAUUUACCUCAUCAUCCGGACUAUAAGUCGCUACGGAGUAUAAGUCGCACCUGCCGAAAAUGCAUAAUAAAGAAGAAAAAAACAUAUAUAAGUCGCUCUGUAGUAUAAGUCGCAUUUUUGGGGGAAAUUUAUCUGAUAAAACCCAACACCAAGAAUAGACAUUUAAAAGGCAAUUUAAAAUAAAUAAAGAAUAGUGAACAACAGGCUGAAUAAGUGUACGUUUUAUGACGCAUAAAUAACCAACUGAGAAGGUGCCUGGUAUGUUAACAUAACAUAUUAUGGUAAGAGUCAUUCAAUAACAAUAACAUAUAGAACAUGCUAUACGUUUACCAAACAAUCUGUCACUCCUAAUCGCUAAAUCCCAUGAAAUCUUAUACGUCUAGUCUCUUGCGUGAAUGAGCUAAACAAUAUUAUUUGAUAUUUUAUGGUAAUAUGUCAAUAAUUUCACACAUAAGUCGCUCCUGAGUAUAAGUCGCACCUCCGGCCAAACUAUGCGGUAUACACUCCAAUUUAUUCAACCCUCAUUUUAAAUGAUUAAAUCAUUUAAUAAUAUUGAAUAUAUAAUUACAGUAAACAAGUGUUUACUGUAUUCUUUAGUGAUCUGCCUUGAAUGAUGUUUAAAGUUGAUUUUCUCAACUUAAGAUGAACGAAUUGGUCCCACAAAAAAAAUCAGAAAACUACAUUUGUUAGUCAGUAAUAGGAAGGUAUUUUUUUUCUUGCAUAUAUUUACAUUUUUGCAGCAAUUUUUUUCUUUAAAUGCUUUGGUAUUUUGCCACAAAAAGGCAAAGACACCUUAGGUUUGUAGUCGUUGCAAAUAAAUAUGACUUACAAAACAUUUGAGUGGAAUUGCAGGUCUUUAAAUGCAGCCUAUGAAGGCUGCAACAGCUGAAUUGGAACCUAGAUUCAGUCACACUUCUGUCCUUACUUCAUUCCUUACAUCAUUGCCAAACUAAUCCCUUACUGCACUCUACUUGUGUACUGUACAGUCUGUCAUACAGUCGUCAUUAAUUUUAUUAGUUUUUUUUCUUCCUAAUUGUCGAAUAUUGUAUAUUUGAUCUCUUUGCAUGUGUUUCUGUUCUGGCUUUAAUGAUUUAAAAAAGGGCUGGGUGUUCAAUGACACUGUGCUGCUGUAACAUGUUUAUUCACACCACAAUGUUUUUUGUGCAUAAGUUUUGAUAUAUGGAUUGAAUUUUCUGUACAUGCAUGUGACUUAAUGCAAUUUAAACACAAAAAAAAUGCAGCUGGAAAGCAAUAAACAACACUGAGUGUGCAUGAGAGGA